GUCAUCUCAACCUCCCUCUACCCAAGUCCAUCCAUGUUCAGCCUCGACUCACAAAUCUUCGAAGAACUCCGUGUAGACAAAGAAUCGCACGACUCACCCGUCGUAUGCGUCCCUCACCUCAUCGUGAAACACAAAAACAAAAGUAGGAAUGGGAACGGACACGGAUCGGUAUCGAGUAUCAAUAUGCUUAAUGAAGCGACAAAUGAGUUGGAAUUUUGUAUUGGUGCAUGUAUGCAGCAGAGGAGGUUGUUAGGCCUUGAGCGAGAGACGAUGUUUGGGAUUGCGUGUAGUGCAGGAAGGGCAAGGGCGUUUACUGCGUAUCGGAGGGAUAACCAGAUCCAAAUCGUCCGAUUAUACGCAGAAGACUUCGACCUCCAAGUCCUCGAACAAUCCUGUCUCUUUUUCGCUCUCCUCCUCCGUAUCCGGCACUACAUCAACAUGGUCGCCUCAGAGCUCGAACACAUCAACGGUUCCGAAAUCGAAGAAAAGAUAAGAAUCUCAGAAAGAUCAUGGAAAGCUGACCCAACGGACCCUGCACCACCUGGUACUUCGUGGCCUAUCCCAAGUCCUCCUCGCUUCAGAUCACGUUCAAGAUCGCGUUCACCUUCGGAUCCGGGUUCACCGUUUAAUCCGGGCUCGCUUUCUCCUCACGCUCUGCGUAGACGUCUCUCAAAGACGUGGAGUAUCUCGACUAAUGGGAGUGCCGGGGCAGGGCCUUUGAGUGAUCCGGAUAGUAUGGACUUGGAUGAGGAUUGUCCGAGUUCCGCUGGGUCUUCCGUUGCAGAGGAUUUUAACUCGAGAGCUAUGCGUACUUGAUCUGAUUAAGGGUUGUGUGAGGAAGAAUGGAUGAUAGAUAACAGACUUGUUCCUUGAAUACCAAAACAAUCUGUAUUUCGUUACAUUCAAAUGUU